UGUCUACCGAACACCUCGAAGACAUGUGCAUCUUCUGCAUGAUCAUUAAAGGAACCAUCCCGAGUUUCAAGAUUCUCGAGACAGAGCACAGGUUCUCUUUUCUUGACAUUAACCCGAUAUCUGAAGGACAUUCAUUGGUUAUCCCGAAGUGUCAUGCGAAGACACUCCUCGACCUCCCAGAUGAAUAUCUACACGACAUCGCUCCAUUGCUGAAGAAGGUGGCGAAGGCAACUGGGGCGGAGGAGUUUAACGUCAUUCAGGACAACGGAGAAGGGGCCUUCCAGACCGUCCCGCACGUCCACUUCCACAUUAUUCCGAAGCCGGGACCGAAAGAAGGACUGAUCAUGGAUCUGGAGAUUAACUGGCCUGCGAAGCUGACGGAGAAAGAAGUACUCGCGAAAACGUUGGAAAAGAUGAAGGCUAGGAUCGACGCCGAAGUUUAAA